AUGUACCUUACACAUGCACCCAGCCUCACCCAGCCUCACCUAUCCGCACCCAUCUCCCUGCACGUAAUCGAGGUGAUCGCAGUGAUCGACUCUCAGGUCAUACCCAUCAUCCGUCGCUCCGCCCUCUCAGGCUUUGCCAUCUUCAACACUGAGCUCCCCGUCUUCUUUGAUCGCCCCGGCUUUGCCAUCUUCAACACCGAGCUCGCAGUCUUCUUUGACCGCCCAGGUACGUUACCUCUUUUACAGCCCCUUUCGGGGCACCUGGUUAUGAGGCGCCUCACGAAUGGACGCUCAGGCUUUGCCAUCUUCAACACCGAGCUGCCCGUCUUCUUCGACCGCCCAGGCUUUGCUAUCUUCAACACAGAGCUGCCGGUCUUCUUCGACCGCCCAGGAGCGCCUCAAAUGCUGGCGGACAUUCUGGCAGAGCGCGGUUACUUCGUGUACUGGCAGGUGCGGUUGUGGGACGGGUGGGGGGCGGAUGUGGGCAGGUGUGGGCAGGUGUGGGUGGAUACGCGCAUCCGGGAGGUCCCAGUCCGGAUCGACCCAUCCACCCUCGCCAUAGAGUGUCUGCGCCGCACCACCAUGGACUCGCUGCUCACGCCGCAGUCAGCCACGUUUCAGCCGCCCCCAGAGACCAAGGCAAGCGCCAUGUGCCCGUCGUUCCCUGGGGGGAAUCCGCCCUGCUUUGUGCCGGAUAAGGAAUUGAAAGGAGGGAGCUCGGAAGGGGAUGCAUCGGGGAUGCCCGCCUCUGCCUCCUUGGGUUCCCACUGGGGAGAAGAGGAGGUGACGUGA